ACAUCACCAGUCACGCCUUUGGGUGAAACGUCACUCUUUGAAAAGACCCCUCCCCCCUGUAGUGGGUAGGAUUCAUUAGUUUUGGUUGAUAAAGAACAUUAUUGUCUUCAUCAAAUUUUCAACAUUAUGAGAUUUUUUUUUUAAUUUUCUAUUGGUCAUUAGUAAAUUUAUAAAAUUAAUAAACUGAAAUAAAGUUGUCUUUUGGUCAUAAUCAUCUGACCAACUGGGAAGCAACCUGUGACACAAGUGAGAAACUCCUCACCCCACCUGUUCUACCAGCUCCACCCGGAACCCAGGUUGCCUCAGUUUUGACGCAGCAGUGAUUCAUGUGGACUGGCAUUUCAAACUUGCCAUCUUUGUGUGUGUGAGCUUACUUGAACGGGGAGCUGCGUGAUAGUCCACAUAUAUCCAGGUCUCCAGAGUCCCCUCCUCCUUCAACCCAGCACAAAAUGGCCUCUGCCUGGACUGAGGAGGAGACCUUCAUCUGCUCAGUGUGCCUGGAGACCCUGAAGGACCCGGCCACUCUGCCUUGUGGGCACUCGUACUGCUUGGCUUGUAUCCAGAGCCACUGGGACAAGGGAGACAGCAAGGGUCAGUACAGCUGCCCCCAGUGUAGGCAGGUCUUCAACCCUCGGCCCUCGAUGGCCAAGAGCACCGUCCUCGUGGAGGCUAUGGAAAAACUGAGAACCAACAGCCUCAGGCAAAGCUCCUCUACCGCUGCCUCCUCAGCUCCACCGUCAAUGCCCGUCUACCUGGAGGUCCUGCCAGAUGUGGUGGCGCGUCAGGGCAGCGUGUAUCCUCAGCUCCCCACGGUGGACCCCAGACUCUGCCCUCGACACAACCGACCCCUGGACCUGUUCUGCCAGGAGUACCAGGAGUGUGUGUGUGAGGUGUGUUGCCAGCAUGGACACGGGGGACAUCGUGUGUUCAAGCCACAGGAUGAGAGGAAGGAAAGACAGAAAGAGCUUGUUCAGAUGCAGGCAGAGGUACAGAGCAGAAUUCAGGAAACCGAGAAGAAGCUUAAUGAGCUCCCACAUGUUGCUCGCCAACACAAGGCCUUGGUCCAGGCUCUAGAGCAAGAGAGCACCGACCUAUUCGCAGACCUAGUCAAGACCGCGAGUCUAACGGGCACGCAGGUUGGCGAUCUCCUCGUCGGCCACGAGACGUCCGUCGGCAGCCAGGUUGAGGGGCAGAUGCACAGACUGGAGCAGGAGGUGGCACAGCUCCGCUGGAAGAGUGAGGAGCUGAGCGGGCUGGCUGACAUGCAGGACCACGCCUGCUUCUUGAAGAAUUUCCUAAUCCUCGAGCCACUGCGUCAGACGGGGGCCACGGGAGAGUCGGUGCUGGGUCACGUGGAAGCGAUGGUGGCCUCCGUCCGCUCGGCCAUGAAAGAACUGCAAACGUCAAUACAGGACGCCUGCAAAGCCAGCCUGGCCGAGAUCGUCACAUUAGUGAAUCACGGCCCAGUGGCUUCAACGCCCGCUGGUGCAGUAGCAGGCGCUACAACAGCAGAUAACCGGGACCCGGCCGGUGCACAAAACACAGUGUAUGAAACGAUGACAGACCCUCCACCUCUGCCAUCUCCACGACCUCAAAGGUCUUUGCUCAAAUAUUCAGAUUUACAUCAUGCAAGUCCUCAAGCAUCAGCACCCCCUCCACCCUUUCCUCCACCUCCUCAACCUCACGCACCUCCUGCAACAGUGGAACUGAAUCCAGAACCAAAGUCUCGAGAAGAAAUGCUGAAAUUUCGCUUUGAACCCACCAUGGACCCCAACACGGCCUAUCGCCGCAUCCAGCUGUCAAACGGAGGUCAUAAGGCCACGAUGCGGGCGGAAAACCUGAACCCACCAGACCAUCCUGAACGCUUCGACUUCUGGAGACAGGUCCUCUGCACAGAGGCCCUGGCUGGAAGCCCCUACUACUGGGAGGUGGAGUGGGCCGGACAGAAGGUCACCGUUGGCGUGGCCUACAGGGAAAUGGAACGUAAAAGUUCUGAGGACAAAAGCCGUUUUGGCCACAAUCCUCAGUCGUGGAGCUUGUACUGGUCCGGGACCGGCUUCUCAUUCUGGCACGACGGACAGGAAAAACUCCUCGGCUCGCCCAAGGCCAAACGGAUCGGCGUGUAUCUGGACCAACAUGCGGGGAUCCUGGCCUUUUACCGCAUCGCCAACGACCAGGCUGACCUCAUCCACCGUUACCAGACGCAGUUCACUGGACCGCUGUACCCAGGGUUCAGAUUCUGGGCAGGAGUCGGGGCCAAAGUGACCGUCUGCCGGUUGGAUUAAGUUGUAUAUGAAUGAUGGGCUGGUGUUUUUUGAUUUUGAUAUAAUCUGCUUGUUGACAGUAUGUGACACCUUCUAAUGUGGAAGUAAAUGUCUUCUUGCUCUGAA